AUGCAUGAGAUAUGUAGAAGGGUCAAGAAGAAGGUUUUGGACGUGUACAAUAGGAUAUUUGUUAUUCGGGUUAGAGUAGCGGUUCUUGGGCCUGAAAAGAGUGGGAAGUCUACGAUUGUGAACCGAAUGUUCAAGGACAGGCUGAGGUAUUUAGGAAGCCAGAAGGAUAUGUGCUUAUAUAAGUACGAUGAGGACUAUAUAAACUAUGUAGUGUAUGAUGUAUGCGGAAAGAGAAGUUCUAGGGUUAGAUGGGACUAUUUCUACAAAAGAUGUGAUGUAAUAUUAUAUUGCGUUGAUGCUUCUUCCACUGAAGAGAAAUGGGUGGAAGCAAGGGAAGAGUUGAAGUCAAUGCUAUAUAGGAACCCGUGGAUCAAAAGAAGCAUUCUGGUUCUUGGAACAAAGAAUGAAAAGAAGAGUGCACUGGGAUGCAUGGAGAUUAUUCGGAAACUUGAGCUCUUUGACAUAAAUGGAUUGAAAGUUUCUUGCUUCUCUGUAUCUGCAAAAAAAAACACCAACAUAGAGUGUAUAAUGUCAUGGAUAAGGGAUCAGUGCUAUUUUCUGAGAUGGUCUUGGGGAUCAAGGACUAUUCGGAGAUGGUGGAGAUUGGGCUCUUUGAAGUAUUAG